GAAUCGUGCUUCUGCGCAGUUGGUGUUAUUGUGACUGUCGGGCCGUGGCCCCGGAUGUGGUGGCUGCCUGGGGGAGAUGGCAGAGGCAGAGGGGGUGGCUGGGGCCCCAGACCCAGCUUCGGGGCCGACUUUCAGGGGCCGCGGCGCUAUGUCGGGCUCCUUGGAGCGGGACCAGCAGGUUGAGGCGGCGCAGCGGGCCCUGGUGGAGGUGCUGGGGCCUUACGAGCCUCUGUUGAGCCGGGUGCAGGCAGCCCUGGUGUGGGAGCGGCCAGCCAGGAGCGCCCUGUGGUGCCUGGGGCUGAAUGCGGCUUUCUGGUUCUUUGCACUGACAUCCCUUCGUCUUGUGUUUUUACUUGCAUUCAGCUCCAUGAUCAUAGUGUGUAUAGAUCAAUGGAAGAACAAAAUCUGGCCCGAAAUAAAAGUGCCAAGACCCGACGCAUUAGACAAUGAGAGCUGGGGCUUUGUGCACCCUCAGUUGCUCAGCGUGCCCGAGCUCUGUCAUCAUGUAGCUGAAGUCUGGGUUAGUGGGACCAUUUUCAUAAGGAAUCUUUUGCUUUUCAAAAAGCAAAACCCAGGCAAGUUCUGCUUGCUGAGCUGUGGGAUACUGACCUUUUUGGCUGUCUUGGGCCGCUACAUCCCUGGGCUCCUGCUGUCCUACUUAAUGCUUGUCACUGUCUUGAUGUGGCCCCUUGCUGUGUAUCACCGACUGUGGGAUCGAGCCUAUGUACGGCUGAAGCCAGCUCUGCAGCGGCUGGACUUCAGCGUCCGUGGCUACAUGAUGUCCAAGCAGAGAGAGAGACAACUACGCCGCAGAGCUCUGCACCCGGAAUAUGCCAUGGACAACCACAGCGACAGUGAAGAGGAGCUUGCUGCCUUCUGUCCUCAGCUGGAUGAUUCUACUGUUGCCAGGGAAUUGGCCAUCACAGACUCUGAGCACUCGGAUGCUGAGGUCUCCUGUACAGACAACGGCACAUUCAAUCUUUCACGGGGCCAAACACCUCUAACAGAAGGCUCUGAAGACCUAGAUGGUCACAGUGAUCCAGAGGAAUCCUUUGCCAGAGAUCUUCCAGACUUCCCUUCCAUUAAUGUGGAUCCUGCUGGCCUGGAUGAUGAGGAUGAUACCAGCAUUGGGAUGCCCAGCUUGAUGUACCGUUCCCCACCAGGGGCUGAGCCCCAGGCCCCUGCUGCCAGCCGGGAUGAGGCCGCACUGCCGGAGCUCCUGCUUGGUGCCCUGCCUGCAGGAUCCAACCUCACCAGCAACCUUGCCAGCCUGGUCUCCCAGGGCAUGAUUCAGCUGGCCCUGUCAGGGGCCGCCCAGCCAGGCCCUUCUGGCCCACCUCCCCAGGGAGCAACGAGAGGCAUCCUCCGGGCCCCCAGUUCAGACCUGGACACUGAUGCUGAGGGGGAUGACUUUGAACUUCUGGACCAGUCAGAGUUGAAUCAGCUGGACCCUGCCAGUUCCAGGAGCCACUGAGGCAGACUCCUUUUGGGGGUCAUGGUGGUUUAGGUUUUUUUUCCCCUCCUCAUCCCACUUAAGGUGAAGGGACAAGGGAAGAACCCAAGUCCCAUCCCCUGAAUUAUGUUUGUAUGCCCAGUGGCCUGGCUGAUGCUCAGAGGACUGCUGAGAGAGGAUACUCACUCCCUUGCUACCAGCUAGACACCCAUUUCUGAGCUCAGUCACUGAAGUGAGAGUGUGCUUCCCCAGGGAGGCAUCUCUCUAUCAGGAUGGUACUUUGGGGGAACAAAGUAGUCAGGGGUUCCCCCUUGAGGGGGUGCUGCUGUUUUGCUUCUAGGUAUGGGUGCUCGAGGGCCCUCAGUGAUAGAAGAGCCCUUCCUUUCCUUCCUCCUCCAUCACCUCCCUAGAGCUCCAAGUCAGGCAGCAGCUGGAAGUGUUCCACUGUCAUCCUCCUCUUUUGCUAAGCCAUGAUUGAUUUGUCUUUUUCUAAGCAAUCUUGUCCUUCGGUUCUGCAGAGCAGGCAUGUUCCCUCUACCCCAGCCCAUCCUCAUUUCUUGAGGCCUAACCCCCAGGGCUCUGAAAUAUUGCUUGUGAAAUUUAAGAACUGUGAACAUGAUGUGGGGGCGGGCCUCUUCCACAUUACCUUGGGCUGUUGGGUCAGCUGGCUGGGAGGGUGAGUGCCUCUGUAUCUCAUGGUUUCACUGAAUCUUCUGGAGCUGUCUGGUUAUCUUUGGUGCUGCUAACCCCUGGCUCCAUUUGACCAUCAGUCUGAGCAACAAGCAAAGCAAUACCAUACCAUCCCCAUUUCCAUGUUCCUGAUCCUUUCCUGCUCCUCCUCUGGAGAAGCAAUAAAUCCAUAGGGGAUGUCAGAGUAGCACUUUACAAAUGGCUCGCUCAGUGGCAUGCAUCCCAGGAACCACCAGCUCUUCUUACACCAGCUAUUCUUACUCCCGGUCCAGCUUUUUAUCUUGAGCUGGUUGCGAACUUGGUAAGGCUCUUUUAAGGAGGAGCCCAGUUAGCAAGAAUGUGUACAGCAGAGACCCCUCUAAAGGGAUAUCAGUUAGACUGCCCCUAAUAAAAUCAUGUGAGACAAAAACUAAAAAUGGUAAUUAGUUCUGAACCUGUGCCAGCCUACAGCCUCUCUCUGCCUCCUCAGUCAGAGCUCAAGCCAAACUCUUCUGUCCUCUUUCCCUCUGCAUUAACCCUUUGCCGAUCCUCAGGGACCACUCCCCCAAAAGCCCCACACCUGGGUGAGGGUUGCUAGACAGCCCAUUUUCAUGUGCUGCAGGUGGGAGUGUGCUAACGUGUUUGUUCUUGGUUGAUGGACAAGGUAGAGGCCAGGGAGUGAAAAGAGUUAACUGAGAAGGGAGAAGAGCUAGGUGCCUGUUUCAUAGUCACUUUGUGAAGGUUUAGUGGCAUCUCCCCACUUCAGGGUUCUCAAACAGACUUAGGACACCUUCUCUCUUCUCGGAGCCCCGAUGUCUUGUAGGUGAGCUCUGAUGUGGAAAAAAACAGGUGUGGGAAAGGAGUGGAGUUUUGUGUGUUUGCAUGAGUGUGUGUAGCUUCAGGCCUUGGGAGUUAGCAAAGGGAGGGAAAGGAGAGUAAAUCUUUGGAAGAUGUUUCUUAUACCUGGGGGAUCCUGCUCUGAAUCUCCUUAGUCCUCCACUGUGAAUUGGG